AUGCGCACACGCACCUCCAACCGCCAGAAGCGCUACACGGUCGAAAAAUACGACUUCGAAAGCAGUUCCGAUGAGGUAGCAGCCGCCACGCCGUCCCGCCGACGACGUAAGGACGCCGACGAGCAGGACGCAAACUUUGACGACGCGGCAGCGGACGACCAGGCUCCCGACGACGACGAUGACGAUGCAGUGGACGCCUCCGACGACGAUGGCAUGGCCAUCGACGAAGACGAUGAUGACGACGCCUCCGAUGUGCCCAAGGGACGACGGCGUGCCCCUGCUGUUCCUGCCGCGCGCAAGCCGCCUCGCCGCAGCGGCCCCGGCAAGUCCGGCGGCGGCGCAUCCCUCGCGUCGGCACAAUACCGUGACGUCGAGCCCGUACCGCCAGACUCGCACGCGGUUAAGACGUACAGUGGGCCGUACGAGCGCGGUGUCCGCGGCCAGUCGCUUAUCCAGGUGUGGUUCGGGCCGGCUAAGGACGCCGUGCACACGACGCAGCGCCUGCUGGACCGCUGGAUCCCGUGGCCGGUGCUGCCGCCAAAGGUGCUGGACGACGAGGACCUGAAGCGGCUGCCAGAGCGGGGCGUGUGGGCGCCGGGCUGUUUUGACAGGCAGUUUGAGCUGGGCAAGGCAUGGAGCGAGAGAUGGAAGAGCGCGCUCGGAGAAGAUGCGCCGCAUACAAGGACGCUCUCGGCUGAGGAGGCGAUACCGUUCCAGCCUCCGAAGGGAUCACUGCCCGUCUUCGUAGGGCCGUAUCCUGACCAGACGGAAAUGAAGUUCGCACCUGGCGACGCCUUUGUGAUAUCACAAAACGGUAUUUCCUUCGAAGACGACCAGCACGAGGCCAAGGUCCCUUCAGGAUGGAUGCUCGACACGGGCGGCGUGAUCGUCGGCAUGGACUGGGCGCCGCGACGAGACGAGUCCACCCCGCAGGUUCUCGCUCUGGCAGUCAUACCGCGCGCAGACCAUGACAUGUACGACUACGAGGAGGAGCAUCAGGAGCCGGGGUUUGAGCGGCACGGCACGGUGCAGCUUUGGGAGUUUCGUGGCGAGAGGAUUGGUGAGGCAGGCAUGAUGAGGCCCCUGGCCACGGCGCCCAGGCUGCAGAGGACACUGUGCCUGGAUUGCGGGCGGGCGAGGAGGGUCAAGUGGAGUCCAGGGUGUGAGAACUUGCUGGCCAUUCUCUGCGGCGAUGGGAGCAUCCGCGUACUCGAGGUGGAGGGAGAGGGUGACGGUUCAUACGAAUGCGUCGAAACGCCAAUCGCCGUUCUGAGGAUGGUCGACGAGCAGGGAGUCAAGGCCACAGCCAUGGACUGGGUCUCGGUUAACCGCCUUGUCGCCGGCUACACGGACGGAUCCGUGGCUCUCUGGUCCAUCCACCCAGCCCGCCUCCUCUCGCGCCACCCCGUUCACCACAGCGACGUCAUCGCCCUCUCGACGGGCUAUCCCUCGCAGCCGUACCUCGUCUCGUCCCUGCCUGUAGGCGGGUCCGCCAAGCUCGUCGACCUGCGCUGCCCGAGCUACGAGACGACCGAGGUGCAGAUCAACGCGGUCAACACGGAGCCUAACAUGCUUGCCUGGAGCGACCACCUGCAGGGCUUCUUCUCGACGUACCCGUCUGCCAACGCGCUCAACACCAUGGUCGGCUUCAUGUUCCACCGGCACUUUCCCCUCGUGCGCCGCAUCUUCACAGCCGAGUGCUUCCCAUCGUGCCUCGCCGUGGGGAAGACGCACCCGUUCCUGCUCGUCGGCACGACAGACGGGUCGCUGUGGGCCCUAAAUCCGCAGUGCGAGCUCUUCAAGGCGCGCCGGCCGCCGACGGACCGCAUACGCCUGCUGCAGCACCAGCAUCGCCCGGCGGAGCACUUCCCUCCAGAUUCUCCGGCGUCCUCCCGCGGUGCGGCCAGGAUAGUCCAGGGAUUCGCCAUGGAGAAGAAUUCGCAUGGCACGGAGACCAGAGGCCCGCCCAAGAAAGGCAAAAAGGCGAAGAAGGGCGAGGACGGUGACGAGGGAGGUGGCGACGACGAGCCCAAUGCGCUCAUGGAUCCUUCGCGCGCCGUGGUCCACGAACUGGGCACGCGCGUUGCGGUGGUGGAGUGGAAUCCCAACGAGGGAUACGGAUGCUGGGCCGCGGCCGCGCUCGGGUCGGGGCUCGUGCGCGUCAUGGACCUGGGACUGGAGAAUGUUGCUGUUGAUGAGUGA